ACUCUUUCUGCCCUGGGUUGUAGAUCGUGCACGCUCGUCGAUUCAUCACCAUGGAAAUACUAGGCCUGGUUGACAUCCCGCUGUGGUUUCUAAUACUCCUGACACUAACAGUCCUGUUUUAUUUCUAUUCAACGGCUAAUCAUGGCAUGUUCCCAAAGAUGGGUGUGAAGGGUCCCAAACCAAUCCCAGUGUUCGGCAAUAUGCACGAAAUUGUGAGAAAGGGCAUUAUUGAGGCUGAGUCAGAAUGGGUGAGACAGUUCGGACGAGUAUAUGGGAUCCAUGAAGGCCAUUACCCACUGCUGAUAGUUGGAGACGUGGAGAUGCUCAGAGACAUCACUGUCAAACACUUCAACAACUUCACCAAUAGACGGGAUCUGAGUGUGAGGAAAUACGGUCAACCCGUUGCUACACGACAGUUCCUUACGGCGCAAGCGGACGAUGACUGGAGACACAACCGUAUAACCUUAUCGCCAGCUUUCAGCACUGCUAAGCUUAAAAGGAUGUAUGACAAUGUUAGCAAGGCGGCACAGAACUUGGUGAAAACUGUCAAACCAUUGGCCGACAAAGGAGAACCAUUCGAUGUUAAAGAACUUGCAAACGGCUAUUCUAUGGAAGUUAUAGCUUCCAGUUUAUUCGGCUUGGAUGUCGAUGCGACUACGGCCCAAUCUUUCACCACUUAUGCUAGGAAAUUCUUCGAGGGUUCUCUCUUGAAUCCCCACUUUCUAGUGGCGUUUUUUAUGCCGUCCCUCCUUCCUCUGAUCGGAUUGUUCAAGGUAUCAAUGGUACCGGCUGACUCGAUGGUUUACUUCACAAAAUUGGUUCAAAACGCCUUGAAGGAACGAAGAAAUAAUCCCAAGGAGUUCGUGGACUUUCUGCAGAUUAUGGUGACUGCGGAAAACCAGGCCCGUGACCACACAGCUCACGUGGACGAUCACCCGGACAACGUGAUUGACUCUACUCAUUGGGUGGACAAGAGAAAAGGGCAAGGUCUGACCGAUGAUGAAAUUUUGGCCCAGAGUAUCACGUUUCUGGUGGCCGGAUUUGACACCACGGCGACAUCCCUGACCUAUGUCCUGUACAAUUUGGCCUUAAACCCAAAAUGUCAAGACAAACUGAUCGCAGAGAUUGACGAACAGUUCCCUGGUGGAACUCUACCAAGUUACGACUCCCUGCAAGACCUCCAGUAUCUAGAUAUGGUCAUCUGUGAAAGCUUGCGACUGAACCCACCGGUUGCAAGGAUGGAUCGUGUGUGUAACAAGACUACAGAAGUCCAUGGUUACAAGAUACCGGAGGGGAUGGGCAUAGCUUUGCCUAUUUACAACAUUCAUCAUGACCCGGAGUACUGGCCCGACCCGGACAAGUUUGAUCCGGAAAGGUUCAGCCCAGAGAACAAAAAGACCCAUCGACCCCUCCAGUGGCUGGCUUUUGGUUACGGUCCCCGGAGCUGUAUUGGCAUGAGGCUGGCAAUGAUGGAGAUGAAGCUGGGACUUGUUCAGCUACUACAGAGAUACCGAUUUGUCCCCAACAACAAAACCGUGCCCUUGAGGUUUGGGUCAAACUUUAUGCUGACUAAGACAAAAGAUGGGGUAUGGCUGACGGCGCAGAACAGGAAGUAGAAAAAAAUCACUGUCAGUAAAAUGUAAUGAAAAAAAGUCCGGAUCUAUGGGAUAACUUGCUGGCUUUAAUCAGUACGGGGAAACAGUUUGCCAUAGCCAAGUAAACUCUUGGUCAUCAGAAUGAAUCAAUUUUAAAUGAGCUGACAUUACGGAGGAUUUCCGUCAUGCGAACGGCUGUGCUCUAAAAUACAAGUAAUUAGUGAAUAAAUUAUAAUUUAUCUGGAUGGUAGACAGCAUGGAUUUUUUUCACAAUACCUGUCGAUGUUCCCACGUCAGCAGCUCUUUAACAACACAACGCACACACAUACUUGCGUACUGGUCGAUAAAAAUUGAUCCGCAGUUACAACAGCGUCGAAGAAAACACCACAGUUUUGAUAGGAUUUGAUUACAACAGAAAGAACCUCCUCUAAGACGUAUAAUAGUUUAGACAGUAGUUUGCAGUGAGCGGUUAGCAGUUCAAGGGGGGACCAGUCAUUAUUUUAAUAAAAAGUACUAUUCAUUACUACUACACCUACAGAAUUCAAACUUGGUGUGUUAAUGACACCGAAUGCGGGCGAUCAUCCGAAUUACAACACCAAGGGGCGCUUCUGCAAAUAACUGUCAAGUCCAUCAAUAUUACACCUACGGACUUCAAACUUGGUAUAUGAAUGAUACUUAAUGUGGGCUAUCACGUGAUAUACAUAUUCGAUCUGAAUUACAACACCGGGUAUCACAUGAUAGACCGCAUUAAGUGUCAUUUACAUUCCAGGUUUUAAGUCUGUAAGUGUAGUAUUAGUGGAGAUAAUGACCCGAUAGUUGUUCAGACAGUGAUUCACAAAAGUGAUUCACCUGGUGUUGCGGUAUGAUUUGUCUAACUCUACAUGUGGUAUGAAAUGGUGUUCCUCUUAUACCCAUUCGUGCCUCACAUAGUGUUGCGGUAUGAGUUGUCUAAUUCUACAUGUUGUAUGAAAUGGUGUUCUUCUUAUAACCAUUCGUGCCUCACCUGGUGUUGCGGUAUGAGUUGUCUAAUUCUACAUGUGGUAUGAAAUGGUGUUCUUCUUAUACCCAUUCGUGCCUCACCUGGUGUUGCGGUAUGAUUUGUCUAAUUCUACAUGUGGUAUGAAAUGGUGUUCCUCUUAUACCCAUUCGUGCCUCACAUAGUGUUGCGGUAUGAGUUGUCUAAUUCUACAUGUUGUAUGAAAUGGUGUUCUUCUUAUACCCAUUCGUGCCUCACCUGGUGUUGCGGUAUGAGUUGUCUAAUUCUACAUGUGGUAUGAAAUGGUGUUCUUCUUAUACCCAUUCGUGCCUCACCUGGUGUUGCGGUAUGCUUUGUCUAACUCUACAUGUUGUAUGAAAUGGUGUUCUUCUUAUACCCAUUCGUGCCUCACAUAGUGUUGCGGUAUGAGUUGUCUAAUUCUACAUGUUGUAUGAAAUGGUGUUCUUCUUAUACCCAUUCGUGCCUCACCUGGUGUUGCGGUAUGAGUUGUCUAAUUCUACAUGUGGUAUGAAAUGGUGUUCUUCUUAUACCCAUUCGUGCCAUCUCCUGGUGUUGCGGUAUGAUUUGUCUAACUCUACAUGUUUUAUGAAAUGGUGUUCUUCUUAUACCCAUUCGUGCCACACCUGGUGUUGCGGUAUGCUUUGUCUAACUCUACAUGUUGUAUGAAAUGGUGUUCUUCUUAUACCCAUUCGUGCCACACCUGGUGUUGCGGUAUGAUUUGUCUAACUCUACAUGUUGUAUGAAAUGGUGUUCUUCUUAUACCCAUUCGUGCCACACCUGGUGUUGCGGUAUGAUUUGUCUGAUUCUACAUGUGGUAUGAAAUGGUGUUCUUCUUAUACCCAUUCGUGCCUCACAUAGUGUUGCGGUAUGAUUUGUCUAACUCUACAUGUUGUAUGAAAUGGUGUUCUUCUUAUACCCAUUCGUGCCACACCUGGUGUUGCGGUAUGAUUUGUCUAACUCUACAUGUUGUAUGAAAUGGUGUUCUUCUUAUACCCAUUCGUGCCACACCUGGUGUUGCGGUAUGAUUUGUCUAAUUCUACAUGUGGUAUGAAAUGGUGUUCUUCUUAUACCCAUUCGUGCCUCACCUGGUGUUGCGGUAUGAUUUGUCUAACUCUACAUGUGGUAUGAAAUGGUGUUCUUCUUAUACCCAUUCGUGCCACACCUGGUUUUGCGGUAUGAUUUGUCUAACUCUACAUGUGGUAUGAAAUGGUGUUCUUCUUAUACCCAUUCGUGCCACACCUGGUGUUGCGGUAUGAUUUGUCUAAUUCUACAUGUGGUAUGAAAUGGUGUUCUUCUUAUACCCAUUCGUGCCACACCUGGUGUUGCGGUAUGAUUUGUCUAACUCUACAUGUGGUAUGAAAUGGUGUUCUUCUUAUACCCAUUCGUGCCUCACCUGGUGUUGCGGUAUGAUUUGUCUAACUCUACAUGUUGUAUGAAAUGGUGUUCUUCUUAUACCCAUUCGUGCCACACCUGGUGUUGCAGUAUGAUUUGUCUAACUCUACAUGUUGUAUGAAAUGGUGUUCUUCUUAUACCCAUUCGUGCCUCACCUGGUGUUGCGGUAUGAUUUGUCUAACUCUACAUGUUGUAUGAAAUGGUGUUCUUCUUAUACCCAUUCGUGCCUCACCUGGUGUUGCGGUAUGAUUUGUCUAAUUCUGCAAGUGGUAUGAAAUGGUGUUCUUCUUAUAUCCAUUCGUGCCACACCUGGUGUUGCGGUAUGAUUUGUCUAAUUCUAAAUGUUGUAUGAAAUGGUGUUCUUCUUAUAUCCAUUCGUGCUCACCUGGUGUUGCGGUAUGAUUUGUCCAAUUCUACAUGUCAUAUGAAAUGGUGUUCUUCUUAUACCCAUUCGUGCCUCACCUGGUGUUGCGGUAUGAUUUGUCUGAUUCUACAUGUCGUACGAAAUGGUGUUCUUCUUAUACCCAUUAGUGCAAUCGAUUCAACAAAUUGCACCGUGUGAAAAGGCCUUUACCAAGACAGCAGUAGUUUAUUUAUCUCUGAAGAGAAUGCUACGUAGUCUGAGAACAAGAUAUGCAAGUAUUGCAUGAUAACUGUUGUGUGUUCUUCUUACUUUAUUUAGUAAUCCAAUUUUUUGGACAUUAUUUUUACAAUUGUGUAUAAUCAUCGUUCGUUGUUUAAGCCUAGGCUAUCUGUUAACUACAUUAAAUUGUAACUUGGCAUUAUAUAUAUAUAUAUAUAUAUUUAUAUAGACUAUGUAGGGAGUUUUUGUUAGCUAACCCAUAUAGAAUUCAUUACAAUAUAUGUUUAUGUAGGUACGUCGAUUUCUUGUGUGUCUUCAAAUCUUGUACAGAUUACAAUAAGAUUUGUGGUUAAAAAAAACUGGAAAUAAUAAAGUUACUUUGUGUUUGUACUUUUCAAGUUUGUGUUCAGGUUUUGAUGCACCGUAAAGUUGAGUACAGAGAAGAGCUAUACAUUCAAGCUAGAACAAGAAAUGGCUACCCAGUAUCUAAAUUCUACCUUUAUUUAUCCACUCUAGCUCCCAACAGGUGCGACUUUGUGUGGAAGAAGCAUUUAUUUAAACAACAAAGGAAACGCUGGAAAAGUACUUGCAAGUUCUAUCUUCGUUAAGUGGAUGGAAAAGGGGUGUCUGUUGUGUUAAUAAGUGCUCUGUAGAGUACAUAUGCCAUUAGGAACAACGGAAAAGGACUUACAGGAAACAUGCCACCAGUAUGUUUAGCUUAUGCUCUCUGCUUUGUGUUAAAAUGGGAGAGGGUGGAUUAUAGGGGACUUACAACAUUGGGGGCAUCAGCACAGGAAAGACAGGAAAUGUAUCACAAAGUAUAAGAAAGGAGACACAAAGAGUAUACAAUUGUCUUUGAUCUAUCAUAUUAUUCAAAUCUGUGAUGUGUUUCAUGACUUCAUCUUUUACUGUAAAAUAAUUAGAUCUCA